GGAUACGGCAUAUCGGACAGCGGUGAAACAAGCCGCCGUUCGACUAUCAGCAGGAUGGACAUGGUUGAACUUAGCCGUGAUCUUGAGGUGAAGAAUAAGUAUCCGGAGCUGUACCAAAUGAUCAUUGCUCAACGACGAAUUGGCUCGACGGAAAAUCGCGAUUCUGCUGCCGCUGUUCACAGUCGUGACGGUUCCAAAGAUGAUGAUUCGAAGCAGCUUUUGUAUGCUGAAGCUCGUCAACUGAGAGAGAUGCAAAAGAAUUACGACAAUCUGCUUAGCGUUAACAAGCAGAUCAAGGAAACUUACGUCAAGAUUUACGCUAAGGCAGAGCAGGAAGAAGAAUACAUCUCUAACAUAUUACUAAAACGGAUCCAGAAGCUCAAAAAUGACAAGGAAACUUUGGCUCAGAAAUACGAACAGGAAGAGGAAUUUCUCACCAAUGAUUUGAUGAGAAAAAUAAAGCAGGUAAAUCCGUUUUCUUUGUUUGUGAUCUGUUGUGGUUUUCCUUUAAUUGAACAUAAUUAUUUGAUUGAAAUGGUCACUUUGCAAUCCGAGCGUGAUAUCCUGGAGGGCAAUGUCAAAAGCGAACAAGCUAGUGUGAUCGACAGUCUGCUCACCACCAUUCGUCGCAUGGAAAGUGAGAUGGCUGCAGGACGAAAAAAUAUGGAUCGAAUGCGUAAAGAAAAAAUUGACCAGGAAAAUGCGCUAGAGCAUGAGCAGGAACUGUUGUUCAAUACUUUGGGAAAACAAAUGGAUCAGCUCAAUCAGGAAAAGAGAAAAAUGCAAGCGAGCCUACAGAAAGCUUAUCUGAAUGGUUUUAUCGAGCCUGAUGAUGAAGUUGUCGGCGCUCUUAUCAAUCAGAGGUAA